CCCCCAAGUACCGCGCCCUCGAGAUAUUUAACAGGUUCAUCAAGGGGCACGCAGCUACCUUGGCGGAUCACGUGGCAAGCACCACAAAGCCUGGACGAGAGAGAAACCGACUCCUGGAGGAGGUCGCGAGGAGGGUGAGGCAGCAGGCGCCGCUGAGGGCCUUCACCUGCCUUAUGAUCGCGUCUAAGACUGUUAGUCACAAGAAGGUAUUGAGCGCCCAGCAGGUACAGGCGCUCCUGAAGAAGGUGGGCCGCGACUACACCGUAUCGUCCGUCAUGAGUUCCGAGAGACGCAUCCUGGAACAGAUCGAGUUCAGGUGCCUCAGAACCAGCUCGGUCCUGGACGUUGUAGGCCUAAUCGUGGCUGUGGUCUUGGUCUCCAGAAGCACGGGCGGCAAACAUGUUCCAUUCAAGUCCGAGCAGCUGUACGAAGCGGCGACCACGGUGUUGGACUUCGUGUUCCUGAAGCACGAGGAGGUGUAUCUGCAGCUGUACGCUUCCGUCACCGACUCCAAAAUCAUUCCUCGGAAAGCGGCCUUCAUGCCAGUCGUGCAAGACAGGCUGCUCCUGGCGGGGUCGGUCGUGAUGAGCGGUGCCUGGCUAGUGGGCGGCGAGGGUCUGGUCGAAUCUGUGGGCGGCUGCAUCGCCAGGCAUACGGAGACGCCCCUGGAGGACCUCGUCAGCCUGUCUUCGUGUGUCCUGUACUUGGCGGGGUGUUCCUCGUGGGACGCCGGGGGUGCAGAGGGAGGGGGCGAUGGCUCCGUCGUCGAGAUCGAGUCUGGUUGA